AUGCACCGCGUCCGGGAAGUGGUCAAGGAGGACCCGCUGCAGGGAUGGGACAAGGCCUGGCAAGAGAACGUGACGCCCUGGGACGCGGGCGAGUCGCAGCCGCCCCUCCGAGACUUGCUCGUCUCGGGCGAGGUCGAUCUCCCCAAGUCCGGGCGCGCGCUCGUGCCUGGAUCCGGUCGUGGAUACGAUGCGAUCCUCAUCGCGACCACGCUCGGACUAGAGACGACGGGCUUAGACAUCUCACCCGUCGCCCUGGAGGCCGCUCGUGCUCACGCAGCUGCGUCCGAUUUGCCUGUGGGCACGAAGGUGAACUUCGAGGCUCGAGACUUCUUCGCACUCGCGCCCUCUCCCGAGGAACGGUAUGACCUGAUUUACGACUAUACCUUCUUUGUCGCCAUCGAGCCCUCGCGCCGCCCUGAAUGGGGCCGCCAAAUGUCUGCUUUGGUCAAGCCGGGCGGAUACCUCAUCAACCUCGCCUUUCCCCUCGCGCCCAAGCCGUAUGAAGGCGGUCCUCCCCAUUAUGUCAAGCCUGAACAUUAUCAGGAAGUGCUCGGGGACGGAUGGGAGAAGGUCCUCGACAAAGUGCCGGAGCGCAGCUUGGAGUGGCACAAAGGGAACGGCGAGAGGAUCGUCGUGUAUAGGAAGCUGUGA